UUUAACAUUUCUUGAAACUUUUUCAGGAGUAGCUUUAACAGAUUCUCCAUCCGGUUUAGCAGCCUACAUGAUGGAGAAGAUAGCAAUCUGUAGCAAUAGGAACCAACUGGACACCCCACACGGCGGCCUUGAUAACCUUAAUCUGGACGAUGUGUUGGACACAGUCACUAUUACGUGGGCAAAUAAUUGUAUUGUCACAUCUAUGAGAUUAUAUGCUGAAAAUUUGCCCGAAGUCAGGAUUUUACAUAACAUACCAACUCGCGUACCAACAGCAGCGCUCAAAUUCCUCCACGAAGUCUUAUACCAGCCCGACUGGAUAUUAAGAGAUAAGUUCCCCAACCUCGUGCGGUCGACAGCGUAUGAUUUCGGUGGCCACUUCGCCGCCUUACAUACGCCGCAGGUGUUCGCUGAAGACAUCUUUGAUGCUACCGUUGCGUUUUUGGAAUUCCACAACGCGAAGAAAUAGAUAUAAUACACGGUGUUCAUUUAAUCGCUAUCAAAAUUGUUUAGGUGACGUUACAUAAAUUUGAUCGCUAAUUUUAUUUAAAUUCAAAUUAAAGUAUUUUGAUUUCACAGUGGGACCUUAGAGGGAUGCCACACGGGUGUUUCGUCGUCGCAACGCUAUGAUUUCAAAGCAUCGGUUGCACCACGAGCUAUGUGGCGUAGUAACGUAAUGCCGCUUACUUUAGCACCGCAGCAUCCCUACCCGCUCCGUCUCCUGACCCCUUGUACGAUGCAACAACGCACCACGUGGCAUAUAUAGUUUUAAUUUAUUGGUUGUACAACGCGGCGUCAACGCUCAAGUGCCGCUAUGCCGACGCAACGCAUCGUAUGGCAUCACUCUUGCCUGUUCCGUCGUUACGUAUAGGAGGCAGAAAUUGUUUUUACCACUUAAAAUGUUAUCAGAACGUUAGUUAUAACGAUCACGUAUGUUUUAAGUUGUUGAGGUAAGGACACCCUGUAUGAUUUGUCCCAGUGCAAUGACAAGUGGUACACAUAAGUUAAACUAAGUAGGUAAGAUCUUGGUACCUAUGCAAGAUACACUGUAAGAUAGUAAAUAAACGGUUUUGUAAUUU